AUGAAGAAGAUGUUGACUUUGUUAAAGAAAAAGGAAAAGGAAAAACAAGUUGAAAAAGAUGCAGAUACAGAAGAAAAUGAUGACAUUGGUGCAGAGAACUAUUGUCUUUUGAUAGAAAGUGAGUUUAAAACCAUUUUGGAUUGUAGAAACAGAAUUCAAAAAACAUUGCGGCAUGCACUUCAAAAAUAUCCAGAUGAUAGAGAACUAUGUGGAUGGUUUGAAAGAUUUGUGAACAUUGAAAAAAUGUUUAACAAAAAUAUUGGCGAAUCAUCAAGAACAAGAGAAAAAGAAAAUGAAAAUGAGACAGGUGAAAAAGAGUUUGAACAUCACUUAGAAACACAAAAAGGUGAAGAAAAUGCUACAAUAGAAACAGAAUAA